GGAAAAUUAUUUAUAAUCAGUAUUUAUUUUAACUCAAAGUUUAAUAUGCCAUAAUAAUAAUAACAAAAUUUAAAAUAAUAAUAAUUAUUAUUCUUCUUUUUAUCAUUAUUAAUGAAGAAAGAUACAUUUAUCAAUAUAUUUACAGCAAUAAUGCCAGAAUGAAUACGCUCUUACUAUCAAUCUUUAAUGUACUCUGCUUUAUAUUCAAAUCUCACACAUCCAAUAUCGUCUUUUCCAAUGCAAAUUUGUUGAAACUGAUGAAGAGGAACCGAUAUUCUAAGCAUGACCCGCCUAGACUUGACGCCUCAACAGAAGUCAGACUCGGAAUUUACAUUAUAAAUUUUAAUGCUAUCAACGAGCAAACGAUGGACUACAGCCUCAGUAUGAACCUGAGACAAUCGUGGAACGAUCCGCGCUUGAGCUUCAUUGCAGACAGCAACGCUACCACUUCGACUACGACGACAACCUCAACCAACAUCUACCUAAUUAAUUCGCAAGAUCCAACUAUGACGAUGAACAACAAUUUGAACAAUAAUGCUAGCACCAGCAGCAGCAGUAGUAGCUCAAACCACAUCAACACAUAUGGCUCUUAUAACAGUAGUAGUAGUAGUAGUAGUAGUGGUAGUAGUAGUAGUAGUAGUAGUAGUAGCAGCAGUAGUAGUAAUAGUAGCAACAUUGACGAUGAUGAUAGUAGUUUGAAAUUCGACAGAGCCUGGACGAAAAUUUGGGUCCCGGAUACCUUUUUCAGGAACGAGAAGAAAGCGAGUUUCCACUCAGUGACCGUAGAAAAUCGGCUUUUCUUUGUUAAGUACAACGGAGACGUCUGGUACGAUGUCAAGAUUUCGGCAACCUUAUCAUGCCCAAUGAACCUUCAUAAUUGGAUACAAAAACAUACAAACAUACACACACAAUUGGAUACAAAAACAUACAAUCAUACACACACAGUUGGAUACACAACGGAUGUCAUGCAGCUGGAUUGGCUUAAAGAACCAGAACCAGUUGAGGUGAACAAAAACUUGUACAUACCUCAGUACUUUUAUCGAGGAAGCCUUCUUUACGACUGUGCCUCUAACUACACAGCAGGUAGUUUCCCAUGUCUAAAAAUAAACUUCGUACUCCAAAGAAACGCUGGCUACUUUACGAUUCAAGUUUUUUUUCCAACUUUCCUGAUCGUUAUUUUAUCUUGGGUGUCUUUCUGGAUCAGUGUGGAUGCGGUCCCGGCCAGAGUUUCCUUGGGGCUGCUGACUGUCCUUACUAUGACUAAUUUGAGUAUUGGAAUAAACUCUAACCUACCCCGGGUUUCAUACAUCAAGGCCAUUGAUAUUUGGAUGUCUGCCUGUCUUUUGUUCGUGUUCAGUGCCCUUUGUGAGUAUGCCUUCGUUAACGUGGCCUCCAGACACAAGGUGAUCACAAGGCACGCUCCGCUUGUGACAACAGAGUCAAAAUUCACAAGUUGCUUUAGACAAGUUCGCCAAACCUUCACAAUCCGCCGGGAUCACACAGAAGAGGACAUAUCCCACUUACGAGGACUGGGACUCAGUCCCAACAUAACUCUAGCGCCGUUUUUAAAAGGCGGGAAACAUUUAGACGGAAAAGCAAGAGCUGAGAGGAUCGAUAACGCUUCGAGAAAAUGCUUUCCGCUUGUGUUCGCCCUCUUUAACAUUACCUACUGGAUCGGCUACAUAUUCAUUGUGAAGGACGACCAAGUUAACUAAUACGCACACACACACACGUACAUACACAACACUCACGUACGUACACACACACAAUUAUUAAUUUACGAUAUUGUAUAUACAACUGUACAUUGUGAUUAAACGAUUAGAAAAAUUUCAUAUGAGAAUAAAACACAGCAACACGUUUCAA